CUUUCGGCCAUGUUGUGGUUUUAAAUGAGGAAGAAGCGGGAGAGACUACCGUGGAAAAAUAAGUUGUGCGCUUUUUACCUCCCGCUCAGAGUAUUUCUUUCGGCUCUGUUAGGAAAAAAACGAUACAGACAGAACACUGUUUCCUCAAGUUAGGGUAUAUAUCUGAAAUAUCGUCACUUAUCGGUAGUAUUAGCACCGCUAGCGGGUUAGCUCGGUAGUUGUUGAGAGGUUAGGUUAGCUAGCUAGGAAGUUGCGUUGACUGACUGGAAAUGAGGAUUAGGCUAGUUAGCUAACAAAGCUAGUUAGCAUUUGGUAACUCUGGCUACUAGCAUGCGCUCGGCGGGAGUUCCAGUACCCGAAUGCAGGAGCUGGCUGGUGUUCAGUGUGUUUGACUGACUUGUGUGGCUUUAGGAGUUUCCUCUAAAGAGCUUCAACAUGUUCAAUAAACUCUGCGAAUGGAUCGAAAGUGGAAUAGCGACUCUCCGGAACGGCGUACCUGCUGCUGAGGAUCACACCGACACCGGCCGAGUCCAACAAGACGCUCCUUCAUGGAGAAAAAGACCAUUAGAGCGUUUAGAAGAUGGGGAUGCCAUUAAUCAUGAAGAGGACAGAGCGGUCAAAAAGUUUAAAAUGGGAGAUAUUAUGGACACAGUGAAGAACGCUGCUGAAGGGGUGAAGACCCACGGCUCCACUGUUGCUUUGUGGAUGCGCAACAGUGUUAGUCCAACGUUGAGGAACAUGCUACCUGCUUCCCCUGGCCCACCUCAAACCCCGAUACCCGAUACAGCCAAUUCAUCAGGAUCUGUGUGUACUGAAAGAAAGUUGGUUGAAAGACCAUAUGAAGUGCACAAGGACACAUUCUUGGCUCCUGCAACAGCUAUCGAAUGGAAGACCAUCGUUAAAUCAGACUCUCUAAGAACUGAGCAGUCAGUGACUAUAUCAAAGGUCAGCAAACGACAUGGUCAUGCAAGCUUUCCACCCCAUGAGACGCACAAAUCCAAUGGCCACCCGGUUACUACCUGCACGUCGAAGCCUUGUCCAUCUCCUCGACUCGGCCGUCCUCUUCACGUCAGAGCACAGAGAUCGCCAAGUCGGUUUUUGACGCCUGGACCAAGCACAGGGAACACAUCUUACACCAGCAUGUAUGAGAAAACCUUUCCCAUUCGAGUUGUGCAGAAUCCUUCCCCCAGCUCCUCCGGCCGUCACUGGAGAGGCAGAACUCACUGCACAGCACAAGAGUCAGUACGUGAGGAGGAGAAGGAGGUCUACAGGCAGUUACUCGCCAUGGUGUCUGGAGGCCAGUCAUCGUUCUUCCACGACGGCACUUCUAACCCAGGGAUCCGAUCACAUCGGGAUUUUUCCAGUUUCCUGAGUUCGAGUCGCAGACUGCUGCAGUGUGCGUCGCCGGCAGGCUCAGGAGCAGGAGAGUCGUCUCUCGGUUUAUCCAGCCUGUGUCCUAGUCCCCAGACCUCGAGCGCAACGUACAGCCCUUGUGCGCUCUCCAACGGGCCUGAAACACAGUCCUGGGAUCCUGACUCCAAUGGCAAAUACAUCUCGAGAAAGACCGCGCUGGCCGAUCGGUCCGUUCCCUCACCGGCGGCUCUUCAGGAUACAUCAUCUCAGGACACACAGUCUUCUGGUGUGCACUCUGCUCAUGAUGGGGAUUCUGUCAUUUUUGUAAAGGAGCAACAUGGCAAGACACCAGAGAGCUCCAGCGUGCCGUGUUUCCAAGCCGAGUUGUGGAUCAAAGAACUGACAAGCCUUUAUGAUGCUCGUGCUCGGGAGAGACGAAGGCUAAUAGAGGAGCAAGAAGCUCUGGCAUCUCAGCUUCUGCAUCAGCGUCUUUCCGGCGAGGGCAGAGCAGAUUCAAGAAGCGUGGAGCUGCGGGUGCGAGUCCCUCUAGAAAAGGAGGUUCCUGUGACGCCUGUGGUUGAAGAACCAGAGCUUGAAGCAGAGGAGCAGGAAUUCCCCGAGUUAACCGAGGCAAUGGAAAGGGAGGUGAGCCAGGGGCUGAGAGGAGGCGGUCAGGACGACACGCUCAGCGAAGGUUUCCGUCUCUCCAUCACCAGGAAGGACCUGCAGACCCUCAGCCACCUCAACUGGCUCAACGAUGAGGUGAUAAACUUCUACAUGAACAUGCUGGUGGAGAGGAGCAAGUCACCAUACCUACCUUCCGUCUAUGCCUUCAAUACGUUUUUCUUUACCAAGCUGCGCAGCUCGGGAUACUCAGCUGUACGGCGCUGGACCAAGAAGGUGGAUAUCUUCUCUGUGGACAUUAUCCUGGUGCCUGUCCACCUAGGAGUGCACUGGUGUCUUUCUGUAGUGGAUUUCCGCAAAAAGACCAUCACGUAUUUCGAUUCCAUGGGCGGGAGCAACGACGAGGCGUGUCGGAUUUUGCUGAAGUAUUUGAAGCAAGAAAGCGAAGACAAAAAGAAGCAAGAGUUUGAUGCCUCAGGCUGGAUCCUUCAUAGCAAAAAACGCAACGAGAUUCCUCAGCAAAUGAACGGCAGUGAUUGUGGAGUGUUUACAUGCAAGUACGCGGAAUACAUCACCAAAGACAAACCGAUCACAUUUACACAGAAACACAUGCCGUAUUUCAGGAGGCGGAUGGCGUGGGAGAUCUUGAACAGGAAACUUCUGAGAUAAGAUCGUGCUACAAGGACUUGCCUAGGAAAGUGGCGACUUGGAGGACUUUUUUUUUUUAAUGGAGCUUGAUACCUCAGAUUGGACUCGAACGAGAAACGGACGUAGAAGUGGUGAAAUCACACUUCAGCUCGUGUCCUAUUUUAGUGACGCUCAGCCUGCUUGAAUUUUUUAAGGAUGCCUACAAAGGGACCCUGCGAAGCCCAAGUGUUUUUCUCCUAAUUAAUUCACCUGUGUUUACCUCUGCGUCAUUCAUCAAAUGCAUCUUGGUCAUCUGCAUCAUUCAUCAUACUUUGUGCUUUUUGCUUGGAAUUUCUCUGUAGCAUGAUUUCUAUCCAAAUUGUUUUUUUUUGUUUGUUUGUUUUAUUGAGAAGUAUCAUCACUCCUUAUCUGAAGUCAUAAUUGUUAAUUAGUUUGUGUGUUUGUUUGGGUCCCCCCCCCCAAUCAAAUCUGACCGAGGACAGCAGCUUGGGACCAAUUGCUAUUUGCUUUGCAACAGUAAGCAAGCUAAAUCUGACAAUCCCAACUUUUGUAAACUGAGAAAACAAACAUACAAAAUAACACUAUAUUUUUGAUGUCAAGAUGUUUUGUAUUUUGUAAAACAUUUCCGGAUAAAUAUGCCAUAAAGAUGAUGAUUUUUUUUUUUUUUUUGUUACAAAAUAGCCUAAUUGCAUUUGGCUCCUGUUUCGACCAAGGUCACAUUUCCAGCAGUUAUGACUUCAGUCUGAGUUUCUUUUCUUAGGAAGACUCCAUACAGAUAGCCAAGAAACCCUUUCUGAUGGUUAUUUUUGCUGCAGGAUGGAACGAGCAGCAGAGUGGCAAAUCAGAUCAGCAUGAUUUAUCUAUAGAGAGGUCAGUGUAGGGCAACUCGACCUGUAAAUAGAACCAGCAGUAUCGCAUCCUCCCUGUUUUAUAUCUGCCCCAGAGGAUAUUCGCCUCUCUUUAUGUACGUGUACUAUAUUUAGAUACUUGCAGCUGUUUCUAGUUUUGUCUCCACUAUAUUUGCAAUUAUUGUAAAUACAAUGUCUACACAGAUUAAUUGAAGUCAUAUUUAAUACAUUUUUUCUACCUUUUAUUAUUGUUUUGUAUGUAGAUCUGGUCUUUCCAGAAAUAAAACCCUGAGGCUAUGUCUUGGAUUGAUUGUGUACAAAUUUUUUUUUUUUCCCUUUGGCUUACUGAUGAUUUUUUUUUUUAAAUUUUAUUGUGCUGAAUUUUGCCAAAAGAAAUGUGAUUCCUCAGAGACCUCACGUUAGAGUCUGCACCAAAUAUCUACAUACUUAGGGGGAAAAGUUGGUGUUAGAGGCCCUGACAGACAUUACAUCUGUAAUGAUUUUCCACUUACCUCAGAUUUUCUCAGAAUUUCUUAUAAAAAUGCAAUCAUAA